AGAUUGUUUUGUAGCCUUGCAAGUUGUUUCUGGUCGUAUGUUGUCCCCGUACCUCGUACUCUUUUGUCUUUUCACAUGGCGGAAAGGCGGAUGGCGCUGAUUUAAUCGAAUACGCAUUUCGUUCGUCAUCUGUUUCCGCCAUUUUGAAACCGAAACCCAACAACAAAAUGUCAAAAGGGCUGUAGAAGUUGUUUUCUUUUUGCAGUGAAAACCUUGGUGAACACAAUAAGUUUAGGAACAUUAGAGGCUUUUUCUAAUAAAGGUUUUAAUUCAGAAGACGAAUGCCUUAUGUUAUCGUAUCAGGGAAUUUGAACCCCACAAAAAACGGCGCUGCUAGUCAGCCGCCAAGCCCACCAUGGAAAGUAGGCAUUUCCGGAUUAAAAGCUUGUGAUUUGGAAGAUUUGAAACGGUUCACAUAUGAACCUCACAGUGAUGUACACACAGUUACAUUUCGGCACCACCCAGUUGUGCUAUUAAAUGCCUUAGAAGUUCUGGGAUACAGAGUAGUAAGCUCUUUUUAUGUGAGUCCAGAUAAUUGUGUUUGGACUAUGAGGAAAGAUUUUCCGGAACCUUGCCCUGAACCUUCUGAUGAAGAAGAGAGUGAUUCUGCUGCAGAACUUGAUUAACAAAUUUUGACAUGGAGAAAUGCACACACCAUAACUGCCAGCAUUCCACAUCUGUUGGUCAGACAUUAGAAGAAAUGGAUUUUGAAAGAGGGCCUUGGGCUGCUGAUUCCUUUUGUUUUAGCACUCAAUGGGGACUUAGAUCGUCUUAGUAAAUUA